UCUGGGAAGAAGAUGCGCAGUGAGUUGUUUCUGCUGGCAGUGAGUUUUCAAGCAUCUUGAGCACAACAUGUCUUCGUUUGGAGUCCGUGGGAUGAGUCAACCUCUGGGUAUAAGGAUCUGUUGCUGCCGCAUCUGUACAUGCAUUAAUUUCGGAUUUGUUCUCUCCCGUGCCGGGCUGCUCAAGCUGAUGCAACUGGGCCUGGCCAUGUUGUGUGAGGGUCUACUCAUACGUUAUGGUGUUCCCUAUGCCGAUUCGAUUGGUCAAGCUCUCACCAGCUUCUUGGCCACCACAGGCCAUUGUUUUGCCACCAAUGGCAUUCUUCUAAUGUGCUAUUGCUUCUCAGAGAAAUCCUAUGGCCUUAUACGCCAAUCGCUAUUUGAAACUCUAUUCAAUGCCCUGGCCAGUUGCAUGUACUUCAGUUCGUCCAGUUAUAUGGGAUUCGCUUGUGUGAUUUGGCUGCAUCCACAGUUUUUGGUCCGUCCCGGCUUCUGGGCAUAUCCAGCCAUGACAGCCUGCUAUUAUAUGGGCUAUGCGGCGGGUCUUCUUCAUGCAAUUGAUGCAUUCUUGGCCUUUAAACAAUUUCGAGGGAUGCGCUAGAAAUAAUCAGUGAUUAAAUGUAGUUAGAAGAUAUCUUAAGAGUAGGUUGAUUCCAUUUUUUUAAAUAUGUUUCUAUAAUGCAAUCGAUUUAUAAAAAGUUUUUGACUUAUUCUAGAAUUUCUCCUAGUUAGUCUAAGGCAAUGAAAGACAUUCGACUAAAUGACAUUUCAUGUUUUUCAAA